AUGAGGUUCAAUGCUAAAGAUCUGGCUUUGCUGGCCAGGCAACCAUCAGGUUGUUUUGACAAGGAAGGAAAACUGAAGAUUUGCAGAGUGGUUGGGGAUGAAAAAUUAAUAGAACCGAGGGAGAGAUGGUGCCGACUGAAAGGAAAUCUGCUUUUUCUAAUGAAAAAUAAGAGCUCUGAUGCCUCUGAAGUGGUAAUCCUGGAGCGCUGCUGGGUUGUGGAGUUCAAGAGUAAAGCAGAUGUUUCAAUAGUUCUCAAGUUUCAGAGUGGAGAGCCGGAUCUGUACCUCGAAGCUGCCUCGAAGCCGGAUUGUGAGUCUUGGGCUGUGGCACUGGGACAGGCAAACUCGGAAGGUUUGCGGCAUAAAAUUCAGCAGCUCCGGAGGUUGAUCAUGGAAAUCAAAGAGGAGAGGUCAGCAGAUGAAGCACGGCAGUUUCUCCCUCCAUCCCAAGCAGACAGCCUAGGAGAGCCCCAGUUCACGAGUAUUCAGAGAAUUGCAAAUGAGCCAAAGCUGGAGUUCAGUCUUGCAUGCAAGGAUCUAGUGGCUGCUACCCGUGAUCGGAAGCUGAAUACGUUUAUACAAGUCUCAGUGGUGCAUCCAGCAGAGCACAUUUUGACGAGGUAUUCAAGCACUGAAAUCGUGGAGGGUACAAGAGAUCCACUGUUUUUGACUGGUGUGACAUUCCCACCGGAAUACCCCAUCUAUGAGGAGACUAAAAUAAAACUGACAGUCUAUGAUGUCAAAGAUAAAUCUCAAGACACGGUCCGCACCAGUGUCCUACCUGAUCACAAGGAACCAAGAGCAGAUGUUGGGAGAAGCUUCUUGGGCUGUGCAACUUUUAGAGUAGGAGAUCUGGUAAAAUCAAAGGAGCAACAGUUGACCCUUACCCUCAGAACUUCUGAUGGUGGAAAGGCAGUUGGUACCAUUGAGGUCAAUCUGGUGAAGAUGGGAGAGCUGGAGGAUGGGGAAACAGACCACAUCACAACAGAUACCCAAGAUCAAAAGUGUGCAUUGGUUCGGGAAUGUAUGGCCACUGAAGGCAUAAGUGGGAAAGACAACCUGCCCUCAUUAAAUGCAGUGCUAAAAAACCCAAUCUGUAAGUUAUAUAGAUUCCCUACUUCUGACAACAAGUGGAUGCGGAUCCGGGAACAGAUGGCUGAGACCACCCUCUCUUUCCAUGUUCCUAAAGAACUAAUAAAUCUGCACAUAAAGGAGGAUAUGAGAAGGAAUCAGGAACUUAAAGACCUGGGAGAACUUGCUCCUCACUGGGACAACAUGCGCAAAAGUGUAAUUGCUCACUGUGAUCAGAUGUUGAGCAUGUACCAGGACACUCUUGCGGAGCUUGGGAAGCACACAGGUUCUUCCUUCAAAUCCAGCUGUAGCAAAGGAGAAAAAACACUAGAAUUCAUCCCAAUAAAUCUUCAUCUGCAAAGAAUGCAUGUGCAUAGUCCUCGAUUGAAAGAUGCUUUGUAUGAUGUCAUCACCGUGGGAGCCCCAGCAGCGCAUUUCCAAGGAUUUAAGAAUGGUGGUCUCCGGAAACUGCUGAGUAAAUUUGAGGCAGAAAGAAGAAAUACUGGAUACCAGUGUAUUUACUAUUCACCUGAAAACACAGCCAAGGCAAAAGAAGUUCUCAGCAACAUCAAUCAUCUACAACCUCUUAUAUCAAGCCAUGCAGACCUGCUGCUUAGUUCUGCAAGCCAGCGUUCUCCAGACAGCUUGAAGAAUUCUUUAAAGAUGCUUUCAGAAAAAACGGAGUUAUUUGUGCAUUCAUUUAAGGAUCAGCUGGUCAGAAGUGCCCUUUUAGCACUGUACACAGCCCGACCUGGCUGUGUCCUCAAGAAACCAGCUGUGCCUAGAAACAGUGCAGAAGAAGGGGGUGAUUCACAGCACCAGGAUCAUCCUUCUCAGAUUAAAAGGCAGGACUCUAUACCCCAUCAUUCUGAAUAUGAUGAGGAAGAGUGGGACAGGGUGUGGGCCAAUGUGGCAAAGAGUUUAAACUGUGUUAUUGCCAUGGUGGACAGACUGCUUGAAAAAGACAACAUCAGCAGCAUUAAAGAGGAUCAAAAUGACCCUUCAGCAGCAGACUGCAAGGUGUUGCAUACAGGUGGUGACUGGUACGAACAACUUUAUCCGCUGGUGAUUACGCUGAAGGACUGCAUGGGAGAGGUGGUGACCAGGGCGAAGCAGUCGAUGGCCUUUGUUCUGCUCCAGGAACUUGCCUGUGGUUUGCCACAGUGUUUGAUGCUGACCCUGAGGAGAGACAUCGUCUUUAGUCAAGCACUCGCUGGAUUGGUCUGUGGGUUUAUAAUCAAAUUGCACACAGGUUUACAUGAUCAAGGAUUUUUACAACAGCUUCAUACUGUUGGAUUGCUCGUGCAGUAUGAAGGACUCCUUAGUACAUACAGUGAAGAAGCAGGGAUGCUGGAAGACAUGGCUGUGGGCAUUUCAGAUUUGCAGAAAGUAAUGUUUAAAGUCAUUGAAGCCAAAUCAGAAGAUUUUUUGCCUAUUAUAACUGGCAGGCGUGAACAUUACAUUAUAGAGGUCCAGCUUCCAGCAAAGAUGUUUGAGUUGCUGCCACAAGAAAUUAAAGAAGGAAAGCUUCUUCGCAUGUAUCCAGUACUCUUUAAUGUUGGAAUCAAUGAACAGCAAACACUUGCAGAGAGGUUUGGAGAUACCACCUUGCAGGAAAACAUUAACCAGGAAAACUUAGAACUCCUCAAAGAAUAUUACAAGUUAUUUACGGAAAAAAUGCCUCCUGAUUGUCUACCACAUUUUCAAGAACAAAAUGAUUUAAAGGGAUUGCUAGAAAAUCUCCAUCAAAACAUCCAGGCCAAAAGGAGAAAGAAUGUAGAAAUCAUGUGGCUGGCUGCAACGAUUUGCCGGAAGCUGAACGGCGUCCGCUUCACCUGUUGCAAGAGUGCCAAAGACCGGACAUCCAUGUCGGUGACGCUGGAGCAGUGCUCCAUCCUGCGGGACGAGCAUCAGCUCCACAAGGACUUCUUCAUCCGGGCGCUGGACUGCAUGAGAAGAGAAGGAUGCCGCAUAGAGAAUGUACUGAAGAAUGUCAAAUGCAGAAAGUAUGCAUUCAACAUGAUACAGCUGAUGGCUUUCCCAAAGUACUACAGACCUCCAGAAGGGACAUAUGGAAAAGCUGACACCUAAGUUUAACAAAAGUGUAAUCAGGAACAUACAUCAUGCUAAUUAGUGAAUAUAACAACCGUUGUUUAUGACGUAUUAAUUGGCAAUGUGUAACCAGUUGAGGUGUUAUUUUUACCAGGUUUUAUCAUUUUACAUUAAAAUAACUCUGGUUAGUCGAUAUGAACUAAAAUACCAUGAAAAAGCAAUGGACUGGAUAUUCUCAAAAUCAAAUAUAUUCAACUUAUCUUUGUGAAGCUGAAGCUCAACAUGACUCAUAAGCCAGCUGGAAAUAGUUUUUUGGGUUGUUUGAUGAGGAUUAAAAAAGGGAAAUGGUGUUUGCUCUAGGAACUGAGGUUAGCAAUCUGGAAGGUGGCAUUCUGACUCCAAACCAAAACCUGAUAUUUGAUUUAAGGGGUCUCUUACUGCUGGAAAUGGUGUUUUCUGGAACCAGCAGAGCACUGAGGUCUUGAUCACUAAUUAAAUCCUUCACAGAAAUGUUUAUGAAAGAUGCUAAUAUCUGGGAUAAAUAUAAUUUUGGUAAUUACAUUUAGCUUCUUUACAUAAUAUGUUUUUAGUAAUUGCAACCUGUAAUUUCAGUAAUUCCAUUCUGAUUCCCUGCAGUUCAUUUGGAUGUGUCAUUCUUGGCUUUCUGUACCACAGCCAAAUACCACUUAUUUCACUUUCAGAUAAAUCACACUGAAAUCAAGGGGAUUAAUUCUACAAGUAAGGUGACCUGAAUUUGACCUCCUAUUUACUGUAAACCCUUAAAAGUAAACUUGCUUUAGUAGUAGGGAAAAUUAGUUGUAUAU